AUGGUCAACCGACAUACGUUACAGGUUCUAUUGGCGCUAGUGUCAAUGGUGCAUGCCACUGUUGCCCAGACGGGUGAUGACCUUAAGACUUUACACGACGAGUUGUUCAUUACUCGUUCCUAUCGGAAUGUCGUUCCACCUUAUAAAAACCUAAACCAAUCUAUAAUUGUACUUGUUGCAUUCUUUCUAAAAGGAAUCAACCAACUGGAUGAGGUGGAGGAGAAAUUAGCCACCACGGCAUAUCUUGAGCUAGCAUGGAACGACGCAUUCCUGUCAUGGAACAAAAAAGACUUUCACGACAUCUCGUACUUUUACGUGCCUCAGAACGCUGUAUGGAAACCGGAUAUCUCCUUACAAAACGGUUUCACUAAAUUGAAGGAGCUUGGUGAUGACGUGAUUCUUGUGAAAGUGAGUUAUCGUGGAAGAAUAUAUUGGAAACCGUUCGAAGUAUUUGAGACAAAGUGUGACAUAGACAUAACAAACUUUCCCUUUGACCAUCAAAAUUGCAAGCUGAUUUUUAGGAUGUGGACAUCGCAGCCACAAGACGUAAAAUUCGCGUUAAAGAAUCCGGCACUCAAUACGCAGUUAUACGAACCCAACGGGGUUUGGGAACUCACCUCAACAAAGAUCGAGCUAACUUAUGGUGACGUCGUCGUCUCUUUGAUUCUGCACCGCCGACCUGAAUUUUAUUUGCUUACUCUCAUUUGUCCUAUCAUAUUACUUUCUGUUCUUGCCAUUUUCACAUUCGUCAUUCCUGUCAACAGUGGAGAAAAAAUGGGGUACAGCAUGACUGUCCAUUUGGCGUUUGCCGUAUUUCUCACCAUCGUCAGUACUUCUCUACCGGUCAACUCUCGGACCACAGCAUACCUGGCCGUGUACUUGAUCAGCCUACUGGUCAAGGGGUCUGCAAUCGUUAUAUUGACCGCUGCCCAGGUUCGCCUGCAUCAUCGCGAAGAUAACCUGCCUCCGAGCUUACGUCGUGUCAUCAAGAUCAGGAGAAAGCUGUCUAUUUUGUCUUUGAGACGGGUGCAACCAGCAACGGAAAAUGAAAAUACGGAAACGUCAUCUAACAGCGAGAAGACGGAGAACAGCGUCCACUCAUGCCCAAACCUGAUUGACGCGGAGAAGUAUUCAGAUAUUAGUUUUCCUCCGGAUGCAAGCAAUAAAUACGAGGACGACGAAACCGAAUGUUUUACAUGGGCUGACUUCUCAAAGGCUUUGGAUUUCUUCUUCUUCUGCUUCUUCUCCAUUGUCUCCGUGAUUUUGGCCAUCGUGUAUUUUACGGCAGUUCUGUGA